AUGGCUGCUCAACCUGAGGUCUCCCGCAAGUGGUCCUGGAGAACCGACCUACAUGCCUACGAUGACGGACUCGGCGACGCUCGUCAGCCCAAUCAGAUACUUACGUUCUCUGGUCAUGAGACUCACAAAAGCGUACGCAACGCCUUGAUCGAGAGAUUGAGGAAUGGAACGGCCAAAGGGACUACGAAUCUUCCAACCCUGCAAGAGCUGGACGAAGGCAACAACAGGAAGGCACGUCGCGGCGUGUGGGGACUUUCCAUUAAGAAGCUCAUUGAGAAGGAGGCGUCGGAUGAACAGCUAGAGGCUGUGACCGUCUCACAGAGAAAACCCACCGCUCUCAAAGCCAUCAUCUCGAUGAAUACCAGGAAGCGACUUGAAUACUACGUUCUUGCUGAGCCAGAUCCGAGGACUGGUAUCUGCAAAGCCUUCACACUGAAGGGUGGUACGACGGCUGUCUACUUCUUUCCCGAAUUCCGAGACCAGGACGACGACCUGAUUGAUGCGAACAAACGGUGUCGGACAUGGGCUGCUUUGAUCGUGGAAGCUACUGGCAAGGAAAGCGACAACGAUGAGGACAGCGAGCAGGACGACGGAGACGACAACAAGGACAAGGGAAAAGCAGAAGAGUCAGCAAAGCAGAAGUCUGGCAGGGCCAAGGCCAAGGCUAAGUUCAAGCCAGGUGUGCGCAUGCCCGGAACCAGCAACUCUGCGGUUGCCAGUGCCGGUAUUGGCGCCGGGUUUGGUGCCGGGAACUCGCCGGGUUUCCAGGUCCUGCACAAUGCUUCUACUGCCCCUGCAUCUGCUCUCAACCCUGUCGACGCGAGCCAAAUCGUGAGACUCAGACCUGGCCUUGCAGACUUGCGUUCGAAGAUGACUCUCAAACUGUACAAUGAGAUCAGAGGCGAGGUCGGAAAACUGACGAAAGUCGAGUUUCCCAUCUUCCCGAGCUCUACCUACCUCGACGCCUUCAUUCGCAAGAAGAGACUCAAGCAACGGCAUGCAAAGUUGGCGGUAGACGAGUUCUUCGGUCUCUAUCCGUUCUUGAGACGGGAAUCAUUGACGAAUUUGAACCACUUUCUCGUUCAUGUCGCAUCCAUCGUGUUGAGCAGCGACGCGGAGGGCGUUGUCGUACUGAGCUGGGACAUAAUUCAAGACUUCCUCCUGACGCUUGCGUACCUUUGCGACGCGAGAUAUGCUGCGGAGCCGGAGUUGAAGAUGAAGGUGUUCCUCGCCUUCGAGAUGGUUCGGAAGGAGGUUGGUGCCCUAUCUCAGUCAAAGGAAGCUACCCCUCGAGACAGGAUCCAAGACUUCCUUUCGGGAGUCAUCGACAAUAUGGACAGACAGCUCGUCGUCCACGCGGAGAACUGCCGACUCGCGGCAAGUCUUGGCGCAGGCACGCACACCACAGGCGCUGCAAUCGUUGACCGAUGGGUUAAGAGGCUGAGAGAACAGGCCUCCGACAUGCAAGAAGCGGCCCGUCCGUUCAAAAGGCUGCGGCAGUUGGUUAACGAUGAUGACGAUGCCAAUGAUUUGCCAGAGUCCGACCUCGAUAGCUCUGGUUCGAUUGCUAGCUCGAAUGGAGUUACGCUUGCAGCAGCCGAUUCUACUGGAAAUAAUGCUGACACUCCAAGCCAUCAACAUGCCGAAGGCGAAAACCUCGGCUCGAGCUCUCGCCCUGCUCCAGACGAUUUCCAUGAUGCGAGCUCCCACAUUGCUGAGCCAAGCACCGUCGAAGUCAAGCCUAGUGGUCCAGGCACCCCUCCUGGCACACCCAACUCCGACUCGCACCUCAGCGACCCAGAGUCUCUGGUCACUGGACCAGGCUCUCCCAAGGACCCGGAUUCACUUGUGCUCCAGCUCUUGAACGCAGCUUGA